GUCGCCUGCUGGUCGUGGAAAAUGGCUCUGGUUUUCAUAUUGCUGAUUCUCGUGCUCGGUUUCGUGGGAUACGUCGCCUAUGUGGUCCACAAGAAGGGCAUCGACCCUAAGGACAUCCGCAUCCACAGCCUGGAGGACGCCAAGAAGCUGCUGAAGCCUCCGCCAAGUGGAAAUGGACCCCACCAAUACCUGGAGAAAAGGGCAUGA